AUUCCCGUCCCCGUACCAUUUCGAGUCACUGGCUUGAACUGGCCUGAUAGCGAGCCUCGAACUCUCGUAGCUCGUAGCUCGUAGCUCGUUUCAACAUCGACGUAUUGACGUUUCUCGGCCGCGAACCGACCGCUCGUUUCGCAUGCUCGCGUCAAUCUUGACUGGCCUCGGGACGAUCGGACUCUUCGGACAUUGUGCGUCAUAGCUGUGCUUCGGUGUCGCGACGAGACGGCGAAAUCUUAGACGCGAGUGAAUCAGUUUCUCGUCCGCUGCGGAAACGGAGCCUGACUUUUUGCCACUGGAAGACAGAAAAGUGUAGCGAACUGUUCGAGAAGACUCGGUGACUCGACUCGGUGCUCCCAGUGGUUCACGUAUCGUCUUACCGUUCGUCUGCUCCGUUUCGCGAUUCGCAUCGAGAAUUUCAGGAAUGACGGACGCGCAACGGUGGGAGGCUCGAGAGAUUGUGAUGUAACGAAAACCGUCGAGACGAUGACUGAGGACGAUCGACGGCAAGUACAAUGACAGUGCACCGUUGAAAACGUAAACUAACUGCGUGAAAUACUCGAGCGGCGGUAACGUGUUGGAUCGUUGGUGAAACGGGAUGACUCGAUCGGUCCGUGGGAAGUAGCUCCGCUUGCGAAGCAUUGGUGACGAUUCGAUCGAGAGUACCGUCGGUUUUCGAUGACUUCGAAAGAGAUCGGUGAACGUUACGGGGGUGCGCGCGAACAGCCACGCGCCAAUAGAACCUGCGGCGAGGAAAUAUUCUAAUCCGUCGCAAACGGAGCGGGACGGAGAUCGAAAGAGCCUAUGCGCUGCUCGACGCGUCGUUGAUCGCGGUAGCAAGUUCCUUUCGCGAAUCGAAAGAGUCGAGGAGGCUCCGGAAACAGAGUCCCGGCUAUUAUCCUUCCGGAAUGUGUACCACGGAAAUGACGGAAUCGUACACGAUGUCGCCGUCGACGACGGUGUCUUCCAGUGGCACCACGCCAGGCUGCCUAGGCUCGCCGGUUCUCCGACGGACGCCUUGCAGAGGGUCUCCCGGUCGGGCUGACGCUCAGGACGACGAGGACGAAAUAUCCGUCGGUUGCCCGAGUCCUCUGCCUCUCGUGGUGGUCACGCCGAGUACCGAAGAGGACGAGAGACUCUCCCGAUCCAGAGAAGAGUUCGCGGAGAGACUAAGCCCGCGAAGAAGUUACCCGAGAGAGUCCGUGAUCGACGACGAGGAUAGCUACUCGAGAAGUGGCGAUUACAGGAUGUCAAAUGGAAGAGGUUUGCGGACUCGCGAGAGCAGCGGCGGCGAAUCCGUUACAACCUUGAGAGAGGACGAGGAGGACGAAGAGGACGAUGAGGAGAUGGACAGCAGAGCUAGCAGUAACGGUGCCUCGGCGGCCGGUGCCACGGACGAUUACUUCAAACCGUUGAAACGUCUCAAGAUGGUGCAGGUGCAGCAUUCGGACGAGGAGGACGACAGGGACCGGGACGCGAACGAACGAGGAGUAAAGUCUUUCAGUAUACUAGACAUCCUGUCGCACAGACCAAAAGCGAAAAUCGUACGUCCCUGGGACACCGUCGAAUCCAGUCUCGGCCACCAUCACCGGCAUCAUAUCCAUCAGCAACAGCAGUCGCAUCAUCAGCACCACCUACAUCAUCAUCACCACAACCAUUCCACCGCGGCGAGAGACCUUUCUCUGAUGGGAAUGUCGUUGGCCUCUAUGUCCGGCUCCAUAAGCGAACCUCCUCUCAGUAGCUCCUCCUCGUCCGGACGAAGCUCCGUUUCCGAUUCCGGAAGUCCGGAUCCCCUGGCCCAUCAUCACAGUUUGCACCACGGUUUGCACCAUCCCGCGUUGCAUCAUCCCGCGCUCCAACAACAGCAGCAACAGCAACAGUUCAAGAGGAAAACCUCCCAGCAACACGGCUCUCAGAGCGGUCAUCACGGAAAGAGGACGACGGGUCAGGGAAGCCCCCUCGACGCUCUCUUCCAAAUGACGAGCAAAACGUUCGACGCUGGCGAGCACAGCCAAGAGCAAGCGAACCACCUGAACCUGUUCAAUAACCGUCAGCAGCCGAAGAAGAAACGCAAGAGCAGAACGGCCUUCACGAAUCAGCAGAUCUUCGAGCUGGAGAAGAGAUUCCUGUACCAGAAGUACUUGAGUCCCGCGGAUAGGGACGAGAUCGCGGCUCAGCUGGGUCUGAGCAAUGCCCAGGUGAUCACGUGGUUUCAGAAUAGAAGAGCAAAGCUGAAGAGGGACAUGGAGGAGCUGAAGAAGGACGUGCAAACGGUGAAUCCUCUGCUCGUCGCGCAGCACCACAAAACCUUCCUGGAGAACGUGCAGGAUCUCGGUAUCCUGAAGAAACGACCUCUGCCCAAUUCCAUGGACGAGAAAUCGUAGAAGCUUCUGGCCGUUUGCUACGUCAGAUCGAAAUUCGGAUAGACAGUGGGGGACAUGGGUUCGUGGAUCGACCAUUGGUUUCGAAAACACUUCUUCUGGAUAUCGAGAUUCGUGUACGUGGUCGAGGAAGGAAUUAACUUUUUUAUUUUUGAAAAAAAAAAAAGUAGAAGAUGACGGUGGGUUGUACGAAGCUGGAUAACUCGAAGGUGAAUUUUUACUUCGUAGGGACUCGCGACGGUUCCUCUUUAUCCGCGACGACCCUUUCACGAAAAGACGCACAGCGAACGAGAGUCUGCAAAAGUUUGAGGAACGAGUAUAGAAGGAAAAGACCCGAGAAAACUAUGUAGCUAUUCUUCGAACGUAACGUUGUAAAGAUUUUGUAAAUUAAAGACUGCCAAAUAUUUACAGUCCUCGCUGAUCCUCGGUAAAUCCUCUUCACCGUCGACCGCGACAGAUCCUAUUUUCGAUGUUACGAUAACCGUACGAUUUAGCAACUCGUCCGAAUGGAAGGGAAUCUGUCGCAAUAGAUUUGCUAAAAAUGGUUCGUCUACGUUUCGUAAAAAAUAACAAACAGAUAACUCGAGAUACAUUAACGGAUAGAUAGAAUUCGCGUAACUUAAAGGAAGACGCGUGUUCCGACCGAAACCCGGGCGAAAUUUCACUUUUUUCAGCGAAUCUGCGAACCGCCGCGAUCGUCCGCGGACACCCUGUAUUAUAUUGUAUUUAUUGCGGAAAAACGAAGAAAGAUGGUGAAGAAAGCCAAAUGAUCCGGGAUGAGAUCAUCGUUGAUAAGUUAUUAAGUACAUAUUACAGCGUAUUAUAAAUUAUAAAAAAAAAGCCUCUCGACGCGAGGCUCGAUCCUGUACAUAAGCUGUAUAUAUACAUACGUCGUUUCGCCCGAUAAUAUUACGUAUAAAGAAGAGAUGAAGUCGUCGGAGACGAUUAGAAUAAAAUUGAGAAGAAUUAUAAAACGAUAGAUGGGACACUGCAAUAUACCUGAUCAUCAGUUUAAUUAGUGAGCUUUACGACCGCGUAUAAGAUGUAAAUCCGUAUCGCGUUUGCGCUUAGUGGUUUACGAGGUGAUAGACGUGUGUAAGGGAAAACAAGAGUGUGUGUGUGUGUGUGUGUGUGUGAACGGACUUAGUACUGUGUAUAGCGAGUUUAAAUAAAUGGAGACA